UAUUAUUGUAUCAGUAUCGAACAAAAGUUGCGUAUUAUAUACUAUUCUUUGACAUUUUAUGAACAAAGAAAACAAUCGACGUACCCUUCGUAGUUAAUGAGAGCGGAUAGAUAGACAUUGAACAGUAAUAGAAUAGAAGUGAAUUGUAGCUUAUAUUUCUACUAGGGAUACGUAUUACGAUUAAACGACUAUCACUAUAAACUAAAACCGUCGUCGAAGAUGGGUGCUUUAUUUUCAUUGUGCACAGUUGGUCAACUGGCAUGUUGUUGUGGUCAAGCAGCAUGCUCUCUCUUUGCGUGUUGCCCGUCAUGUGGCAAUUCAACGUCGACAAAAGUGAUGUAUGGCCUCAUGUUACUUGUAGCUAUUAUAUUAAGCUGUAUCACACUUGCCCCUGGACUCCAAUCGUUUUUACAAAAAGUACCAUUUUGUGAAGGUGAUCAUAACUCUGGCUUAACUAGUAACUUUGUCAAUAAUAUAUCCGGUGUUUCAAUCGAUUGUAAAAAUGCUGUCGGUUACAUGGCAGUUUAUAGAAUUUGUUUUGCCAUGUUCAUAUUCUUUUCUCUCAUGUCAUUUAUUAUGAUGGGUGUGAAGGAUUCCAGGGAUGGACGAGCUCCUAUACAAAAUGGAUUUUGGGGCUUAAAAUAUCUUAUUGUGUUUGCUGGUAUUGUUGGUUCAUUUUUCAUUCCGCCAGGAAGCUUUAGUCACAUAUGGAUGAUUUGUGGUAUGAUUGGAGGUUUCAUUUAUCUCAUCCUCCAGUUUGUACAAGUUUUAGAUUCUGCCCAUUCAUUGGCUGAAUCAUGGCUGGACAAAUGGGAACAAACUGAGGAUAAAAGAUGGUAUUUUGCAUUACUAUUUACUACAGUAGUAUCAUAUGGACUUGCAAUUACUGGACUUAUUAUUAUGUAUCACAGUUUUACCCAGGAAAAUGGAUGUGCUUUGAACAAAUUUUUUAUCAUAUUAACAGUUUUAAUAUGCUUAGUUAUUAGUUCAAUUUCAAUUACUUCAUGUGUACAACGUGUGCAUGAAAAAUCUGGUUUAUUGCAAUCAUCCAUUGUUAGCUUGUAUGUGGUGUAUCUUACUUGGUCGGCACUCAAUAGUGGUCCAGAAACUCAAUGUAAUAAGAGCUUGGCAGAAAUCCUGAGUCUAUCUAAUUCAGAUGGUUCUAAAGUACAUUUUGGUUCAGAAAAUUUUGUCAGUAUUGGCAUUUUUGUUUUAUUUGUAUUAUAUUCUGCUAUAAAAACAGGAUCAUCCUCAAAAUUCUCCAUGAGUAAUUCUACAGAAAGAAUAGGCAAUGAUAGUGAUCUUGAAGGAGGUCCAGUGUCUGGUAAUGAUGAUAAUUCUGGUAAACUAUUUGAUGAUGAAAAAGAAGGAGUUGCUUAUUCAUGGUCAUUCUAUCACUUCACAUUUGCAAUGGCCACUUUAUUCCUAAUGAUGACACUAACAAAUUGGUACUCACCUAACUCUAGCUUAGAAAACCUUCAUCCAGAUUAUGCUUCUACAUGGAUUAAAAUAUUAUCUUGUUGGGUCUGUGCUGGACUUUAUGUUUGGACAUUAGUAGCACCAAUUAUAUUACCAGACCGUGAAUUUUAAACUGUAUCAUCAUUAAGAGUAUUAAAUAAGUUCUUUUAAGCUCAUCUAUUAAUAUUUUUGGUUAUAAUUCUAUAUCUAUACAAUGUCAUAUUAUUAUUAUUUAAUUUUUUUGUAAUAGUUAAGCAAUAUGUUUUAACUAUGGUAAAUUAUUCCUGUAUAUUCUACCACGAUUAAAUCAAUUCUAAGUAUUCAUGAUCAACAUUGGUAAAUAUUAAAACCAAAUUUGUUAUAUAAAUUUAAUUUGUAUUUAGUUGCUUAAAGUUUGGUUAUGUGAUUAAUAAUUUUAUGAUUAAAAGUAUUAUAAUACUUUAAUUUAUGUAUAAGAUUUGUUUAUAGAUGACACUUGAACACUUGAACAAUUAACAAUUUUUUUAUAUUGUUUAACACUAUUCCAUUUUUAUUUAAAAAAAUUAAAGUUAAAAACAUAAAAAAAAAUUAAACUGUAUUUUAUGAAAUUGCUUACAUAAAUGUGUUAAUUUUUUUUUUAUUGAUUAUGUUGUGAUAUUAUAAAAGUUAAAUAAAUGUAUACAUACUUAAUUAUUUUAUUUCAGUUAUGUAAUCUAUUACGAUUUAG